GACUCCAGUCGAUCCCGCGCUCGGCUUCCGCGCGCCGCUUCUCUGUGCGAAGAAGGCUGCGGGUUUCCCUUUGGCUCCCUAACCCGAACAGUUGGCUCUGAAAACAGUUUACUCCUCCUUCUCCCUAGAGACCCUCAACCUUCCCGCCCCCACAACAGGCCGGAAGGAUAACCCCCUAAACGUGGCCAGAAGCGGCUCGGCUCCCAACUCUUCGCCGGGAGCAGGUUGGUGGCUGGAUUACCGAGAGACUCUGGAUUGGGGUCCGUCGCCAAUUCCUCCUCCUGGAUUGGACUUGAUUUUCAUAUUUGGAAAGAGGAUUUUCUUAUUACCUUUGAAUGCUCCUUCUGACAAAAUUUCUGGAGAAGCUUGGUGGGGAAGAUUUUGAGGGAUCUUAUUUUAAGAAAAAAAGGAGCCGAAGGGCAUUUAUUAAUUUUUCUCGGGUUUUGAAAUCACCCUGUGGAGGAGAGAGCGAGCGAUCUAGAGCCAGGAGGAAAGAGGGCAGAGGACCAGAAAGGCGCGCCAGCCUGAGCCACCUCCUUCCCGGCCGCCCCCUCCCCACUCCCCCGACACACACUCGCUUGUGCUCGCUCGCCGCUCGCCCGCACGCGCACACCCCCCGCGCCGGACCCGCACCUCGGCGGGCGCCACACACUCAGUAGCCGGAGCCCACGGCAGCCGCAGCGGGAUGGAGGCGGCGCGCACGGAGCGCCCCGCAGGCUGGCCCGGGGCGCCCCUCGCCCGGACCGGGCUCCUGCUCCUGUCGACGUGGGUCUUGGCUGGUGCCGAGAUCACUUGGGGCGCGACAGGCGGUCCUGGGUGCCUUUCGGCUCCGGCUUCACAGUCCCCGGCGCUGCCUCCUCUCUUACGGCGGGCAGUGGCAAGCCAGUGGACAGAGGAGCUGGUGACGGUGAGGAGAGGCGCUGCACUGGGGCGCCGGCCGGGACCAGAGCCACUGCUCCAGCCAGGCGGUGGCAGCGGCGGAAAGAAGCAGGGAGAAGCCGGGGGGCUGUCAUUGGCAGGCACGCGGUGGGGACAAGGCAUGUUGGCUCCUGGCAAGCCUAGCGGCGCGAGGAGGAGUCGCCGGGCGCAGCCCCUCAGUGCCCUGGAACACGGGGAUACCCGGACCACUGUCUUAGCUGAUGGUUCCAAAGGAAGCCGCCCUCUGGCCAAGGGUCUCCGGGAGGAAGUGAAGGCGCCACGGGCUGGGGGGUUGGCGGCUGAAGAGCUCAGGCUACCGAGCACCUCCUUUGCGCUGACCGGGGACUCGGCCCACAACCAAGCUAUGGUGCACUGGUCGGGACACAACAGCAGUGUCAUACUUAUCCUGACAAAGCUGUAUGACUUCAACCUGGGGAGCGUGACUGAGAGCUCGCUUUGGAGAAGUCAGAAGAUAUCUAUUUUGACUGGAGAAAAGUACAUUUCCACAUGGGAUCUGAAGCCAGAGGUGACCCACAGCAGAUGCUCGGUGAAAUUUGCAAGAUCAACAGAUUAUGGCACCACCUAUGAGAAGCUGAAUGACAAAGUAGGUUUGAAGACUGUCCUCAGCUACCUCUAUGUCAAUCCCACCAACAAAAGGAAGAUCAUGCUUCUCAGUGAUCCUGAGAUGGAAAGUAGCAUAUUGAUCAGCUCAGAUGAAGGGGCGACUUAUCAGAAAUACCGGCUCACUUUCUAUAUCCAGAGUCUGCUCUUUCACCCCAAGCAAGAGGACUGGGUGCUGGCCUACAGUCUGGAUCAAAAGCUCUACAGCUCCAUGGACUUUGGGAGACGGUGGCAACUCAUGCAUGAACGCAUCACACCCAACAGGUUUUACUGGUCGGUGGCUGGAUUGGACAAGGAAGCGGACCUGGUGCACAUGGAGGUGCGGACGGCAGAUGGAUAUGCUCACUACCUCACCUGCAGGAUCCAGGAAUGUGCUGAGACUACUCGGAGUGGGCCUUUUGCUCGCUCCAUUGACAUUAGCUCCCUGGUCGUCCAGGAUGAAUAUAUCUUCAUUCAGGUGACAACAGGUGGGAGAGCCAGCUACUAUGUGUCCUACCGAAGAGAGGCUUUUGCUCAGAUAAAGCUGCCCAAGUACUCGCUGCCAAAGGACAUGCACAUCAUCAGUACCGAUGAGAACCAAGUGUUUGCAGCCGUCCAGGAAUGGAACCAGAAUGACACAUACAAUCUCUACAUCUCAGACACACGUGGGAUCUACUUCACCCUGGCCAUGGAGAACAUUAAGAGCAGCCGAGGACUAAUGGGAAACAUCGUUAUUGAAUUGUACGAGGUAGCAGGUAUCAAAGGGAUAUUCCUGGCAAACAAGAAGGUGGAUGACCAGGUGAAGACAUACAUCACGUACAACAAGGGCAGGGAUUGGCGUCUACUGCAAGCUCCAGAUGUGGACCUGAGAGGAAGCCCUGUACACUGUCUGCUGCCCUUCUGCUCCCUACACCUACACUUGCAAAUCUCUGAAAAUCCGUAUUCCUCAGGAAGAAUCUCCAGCAAGGAGACAGCUCCAGGGCUCGUGGUGGCUACAGGCAAUAUUGGCCCAGAGCUCUCGUAUACUGAUAUCAGUGUGUUCAUCUCUUCCGAUGGGGGCAACACAUGGAGACAGAUCUUUGAUGAAGAGUACAAUGUCUGGUUCCUAGACUGGGGUGGCGCCCUCGUGGCCAUGAAACACACACCUCUGCCAGUCAGGCAUUUGUGGGUGAGUUUCGAUGAGGGCCACUCCUGGGACAAGUAUGGUUUCACCUCACUUCCUCUCUUUGUUGACGGGGCUCUGGUGGAGGCAGGUGUGGAGACCCAGAUCAUGACAGUUUUUGGUCACUUCAGCCUCCGCUCUGAAUGGCAGUUGGUGAAGGUGGACUACAAAUCAAUCUUCAGCCGGCGCUGCAAUAAGGAGGACUUCCAGACCUGGCACCUGCUCAAUCAGGGGGAGCCUUGCGUCAUGGGAGAAAGGAAAAUUUUCAAGAAACGCAAGCCAGGUGCUCAGUGUGCCCUGAGCAGAGACGCCUCAGGGACAGUGGUCUCAGAACCAUGUGUCUGUGCCGACUGGGACUUUGAAUGUGACUAUGGCUACGAGAGACAUGGAGAAAGCCAGUGUGUUCCAGCUUUCUGGUACAAUCCAGCCUCCCCAUCAAAAGACUGCAGCCUUGGUCAAAGCUACCUUAACAGCACUGGGUACCGGCGGAUUGUGUCCAACAACUGCACAGAUGGACUGAGGGAGAAGUACACCGCCAAGGCCCAGAUGUGCCCUGGAAAAGCCCCUCACGGCCUCCACGUGGCGACAACCGAUGGCCGCCUGGUGGCGGAGCAGGGACACAAUGCCACCUUCAUCAUCCUCAUGGAGGAGGGUGAUCUCCAAAGGACAAACAUCCAGCUUGACUUUGGGGAUGGGAUUGCCGUGUCUUAUGCUAACUUCAGUCCCAUUGAGGAUGGCAUCAAGCAUGUGUACAAGAGUGCAGGCAUCUUCCAGGUGACGGCCUAUGCAGAGAACAACCUGGGUUCAGACACAGCUGUCCUCUUCUUGCACGUGGUUUGUCCUGUGGAGCACGUUCAUCUCAGAGUUCCAUUUGUUGCCAUAAGAAAUAAGGAGGUCAACAUCAGUGCAGUGGUGUGGCCCAGCCAGCUGGGGACCCUUACCUAUUUCUGGUGGUUCGGCAAUAGUACAAAGCCUCUCAUCACCUUGGACAGCAGCAUUUCCUUCACAUUCCUAGCGGAGGGAACCAAUACCAUCACCGUCCAGGUGGCUGCUGGGAAUGCCCUUAUCCAGGACACAAAAGAUAUCGCAGUUCAUGAAUACUUCCAGUCCCAGCUCUUAUCAUUCUCUCCUAAUCUGGAUUACCAUAACCCUGACAUUCCUGAGUGGAGGCAAGAUAUUGGCAAUGUCAUCAAGCGGGCUCUGGUGAAAGUAACCAGUGUCCCAGAAGAACAGAUCCUAGUUGCUGUGUUCCCUGGCCUCCCAACUUCAGCAGAGCUCUUCAUCCUUCCCCCCAAGAACUUAACAGAGAGGAGGAAAGGCAAUGAAGGGGACCUGGAACAAAUUGUAGAGACACUGUUUAAUGCUCUAAACCAAAACUUGGUCCAGUUUGAACUGAAGCCAGGGGUUCAAGUGAUUGUGUAUGUCACACAGCUGACAUUAGCUCCAUUGGUGGACUCCAGUGCCGGACACAGCAGCUCAGCGAUGCUUAUGCUCUUGUCAGUGGUGUUUGUGGGCCUGGCUGUGUUUUUGAUCUACAAGUUUAAAAGGAAAAUCCCCUGGAUUAACAUCUAUGCUCAAGUCCAACACGACAAGGAGCAGGAGAUGAUUGGGUCAGUGAGCCAAAGUGAAAAUGCCCCCAAAAUCACACUCAGUGACUUCACCGAGCCCGAGGAACUGCUGGACAAAGAGCUGGACUCCCGGGUCAUAGGAAGCAUUGCCACCAUUGCAAACAGCGAAAGCACAAAGGAGAUCCCCAACUGCACUAGUGUUUAAUACCAACAAGCCACGUGGUCAACCAUCUUUCUGACUUUUUAUUUUUGAAGAUUCCUAUUACUCUUAUCUCUUGUUAUGGAAAAAGGAAUAUGUCUUUUUUACCUUUCAUUUACCAAGGGCCCCUUCAUAAUGAGCAGUCAGAUGGUUAGCUUUGGGAGGCAAAGGCAUUCUUAGCUGAUUAACAUGAGACAAAAAGAAUAAAUGACUAUAUUUGUGCUAAGGACAAAGGAUGCAUCUUCCCACGGCUUUCUUGCUUCAUUCUGCCAUUGAUAGGGCAAGGCAUCUCUUUUGCCUUGUGGCCACUCUUUCUAUUUUUUUUUUUUAAUGUGGGUUGGCUUUCCACUAACCUCCCACUCCCAUCUCCACCCCCUCCUGGCCCCCAAAUCACCAAUACCCACCUCCUCCCACCCAACACACACACCUAAAACAUAAACCAUUUCCCAGUUAGAUCUGCAGGAUGUAGGUUGGUGGGAGGGAAUGUAGCUGCAGAAAGCGUGCACACCUGUCGGAAGAGGCCCUGCCUCAUGCAUGUCCACUGCGAGGCUGCAGAUGGCUUAUUGUAUAUAAUUACAAUGUAAAUAGCUUUUUAUUUCCUAAGAAAUAAUUUAAUGUUUAGUAAAAAAGAAAACAGAAAAAAGAAAGAUGCGUCUGUUGGCUUAUGCACUCACCUUCAGAGCUGACCAACCCCCAGGCCUGCUGGACGAGUUGGGUUCUGGAUGCUCUCCAGUUGUCUGUCACACUUAACUCUUGCAUUUCUGUGUCCAUGUCAUUGCGGUUUCUACUUCUGUAUAUAAAGGGGGGAGGGGGGAGGGCUUCUUGGGGACAACUGGUUAAAGGAAGGAUGAGAGUGACCUCAUAGAACAUGGGGGGGGCACUUUGUGUCCCACAGUGACAUGGAAGAAGUUGAAAGAUGAAGCCCAUGAGAGACUUCAGACUGAGACCCAGAUGGGGAAACUAGGCUUUCCCUCAGGAAGGUUGCAGUGGAGGAUGGUUAUUAGCCUGGGAAAAUGGUUUUCUCUAAAGGAGCCAGGCAAUGGAUCUGAACAAUGAAAAGUAUUGUUUUCUGGUUAAAGUCCAUGAAAAGGUGUAAUGCUUAUGGGGAAGUUAUGGGCUGUUCUUAGCUCAGAGAAGUCCCUUGGGUACUCAGUUAAGCCCAGUGAGGGUCUCUUGGCCUGGGAGAAGUUGGAGGAGGGAGGGAGGUGGCAUUUGUGGGAUCAGGAGACCGUGCAAACCCUGUGGGAAGAAUAGGGGUCUAGCUUUUCAUGAUAUUAGUCAAAGUUGAUUUUAGCAAAGCUGUGCUAUUUGCUUGUCUGAUGUACACAACUUCCUUCAAUUCAAAUGUCUGCCUUCAGUUCCCCUAAGAUAGUUCUUGCGUCUGAGGCGAGUGACUUUCAAAGCCAGUGUUCUCUUUUCUAUCAUCCCAGCCCCUUCACCCAUUUCAUGUGUCAGUUCCUUUCAGAAGGGUGGCUUUAAGCGAUGCUGAAAGCAUUGUUUUCUUUUCAGGCUCAGCCUGAGCAUACUUUUUUUUUUUUUUUUUAAUGAUAUACUGUAUAUAUAUGGGAGAAAAGGCCAAGUUUUGUACCUGUUCACAUCCUUCUCUGUGAGACGCAGAGAAUGUGACCUGGAGAAAUUGGACUGUCUACAGCAUAGAUCAGAAUUGGGAGGAUUUCUAAAGAUCCUGCUUUUUUGUUCCAAGGGUUAAAUGGGGCAGACAAUUGCAAUACUUGUACUAAACACUGGAAUACAAAUGCAUGAGUCAUAUCUAUAUAUACAGUAUAUGUACAUAUACUGUUCUUGGUUUUAUUGUUCCAUUUGAAUAUUUCUACUGUAAAAAAAAAAAGACAGUGGUUUUGAAAUUGUUGAAAAUAAAUGUAUUUUUGUACAUCAAAGCUACAUACCUGGCUGAGGUUUCUCUCUUUGGUAGUUUUUCUGGAUCUAUUGUAUCAUGCAACUAUUGCUGUGAUAAUUUUGCAUGGGGGAAAAAAUCCAAAUAGCUUGUAAAAACAGAUAUUGAUGUUUUGCUUGUGAGUCUUGGGUUGGCAGUGGUUUGGCUGAGCUCAGUUGGGAUUGACCAGGCUCUCCUGGACUGGUUUGGAUGCAGCCUCAGUUGGUUCAGGUCUGCUCCAUGAGUUUCAUUAUUCUCAGAGCAGCAACUACCCAGGCAUGUUAUUUUCAUGAUGGAUUAUGGAAUUCCAAGAAAGCCAGCAGCAUACUCUGUAAGACCUUGGCCAAAAAUGGUUACUCUUCUUUAUAGUCACUGAUGUCCCAUUAACUCAAGAAAGUCAUAUGGGUACAUUCAACAUCAAUGGGCCAGGUAAGUGGACUCUGGUGCAAGGCAUUACUAAAUUACAUGACAAAAGGUGUGGACAUCUAAUUCUGAUCUAGGGAGGAUAAGAAUAAUUGAGAAUAACAGUUCAAUUUAUUAUACCUGUUCAUUUCCUAAGACCCCAUGGGCAACUUUAGUGAGAUGGUUCACUUAAAUCAAUAUCUAAGUUUUCCAUCCCAAAUGUUGGUGGGACUUUUGUGCAGAAGUCUUGGUAACCCCAAGGCAUUUGUGUCUGACACAAGCUCCCAAUGAGUGCUAGAGGGGGAACUCAGGUCUGAAAGUUUUCAGCAGAAAAGUGAAAAGAGGAGAAGAAACUAGGAAGACAUAUAUCCUUUCUUUUAAAUACUUUUUAAAUACCAUUUGAUCAAACCAGCAACAAAUCUCCUCUUCCUGUGUAAGGAAUUUGGAAGGAGGAAUAGUGGCUUUUCUGCACAUUAGGUAAUAAGGGAAGGGAGACAAAGUACCAAGAAUAAGGGCUGUAAGUUGGAAGUUUUCAUUUUUUUUAGUAUUCAAAAUGUGUGAUAAAUUUCAAUGAAUCCCAGAAACAUAAGAAACCAGAAGUUUUGGUUAAUAAUUUGCUCCCAUAUUGUGAAUGCUAACUGACUAUUCCAGAAUCAUAUUUUCUGAACUCAAAUGAAGACUUAGGAUUAAACAGUGUGGUUUUCUUUCAAUUUGUGAAUUAUUUAAACUUGUUCAUUUCUCUUGGUAUACCUUUUCUUGAGUUACACUCACCUUUUAAAAAAAUUUACAUUACAUAAAUACCUUAUUCAAAUAUUGAGAAUGGCACUAAUAGUACCUCUAAAAGAAGUGGUGAGUUUUUUGGUCUAACUCUAGCAAUUCAUAACAUAAAGUACCUACAAAUCUUUAAGGGAUUUUUUAAGGGUUCUGAGCUCCCCCAGUAAUGUGAAAUGUCUAAUAGUCUUAACCUAAGUCAAAGGAGAAUUGUCUAAAUGCAUUAGUUUUUGCUUUCCAAUCAGAUGAGUUAUUCCAAUGUUAAUUUUAUGUCCUGGUUUUUAAAAUUGCUCCACCAGAUUAAAGAGGAUAAAAGUGAAAUAAAGUGGUGAAAUAGUCUGAGUUAGUGGUUUCCUAUGGGCAAAGUCAUGCUCAGAAUAUAGCCCCUCUAUCUACUACCAGCAGAGGCCUAUGAGAUCUCCCAGGAGAAAGCAGGCAAAGGCAGAUGGCAGAGAGUGUGACUGGCUUUGUAGCUAGUUCUAUGCAGGGUCUCUCACCAGUGGUAAAGUCAAUCUGACUAUCAGAAUUGUCCUCUCUGAGGCAAUUCUAGACCAGGUCAGUAAGCCUGCAGAAGCACUCUGGGGCUAGGGCCAGCUAUAAAGAGCAUAACAGAUUCUCCAAGGAUUUCGUGUGCACUGAAGUUUGAGAUAACUGCUCUAGCUGCAACUAAAAUAGCUCAGGGAGCUAUUUUACUGGCUAAAAGUCACCUCCUCUAGUUCCUAUUACCAUGAUACAAGGCACCUUAGUCUACCCAAGUGAGAACAGCUUCUAAAUGUUCUCAUUUCCUCCGGGGCAACAGCUGCAACUCUGGGAGAGCCACCCAAUUGAAUUAUCUAAAACAAAAAUCGCUCGGAGUCAAGGUGCUGAUGGAUUGUGCCUUGGAACCAAUAUUAAGCCAGGGUUAGGAGAUCUCUGACUUGUAGCAAGUCAUUCUGGACCACAAUGCCCUUAUUUGUAAAAGGAAAACAAACACUUUCUGGCCUGCCUCACGGGCUUGUUUUGAUUUCCAGAGGUGUGAAAAGCACACUGCUAAUUCCAAAACGAUUGGGAGAGGACUAGCAUAAAGGUAUACUUAGGAGAACUCGCUCCUUCUGUAGAGAAUGAACUGAGACUCAGAAAAGAAAGUGAUUUCCUUAAGGUUACGCCAGAAACUAGUGCAGAGCUGAAGGUAGAAUCCUUAUCUUCUUCCCUGUAGGGCAGUCUGAUUUCCACCACAUACCUCCCUGGCAAAUGCAAAACUGAUUGAACUGCACUUGACAGAGUCAGUAGAGAGCCUGAUGAAUAAGGGCAAUAGGGUCCCUGCAUUUAUAGAGUCUGGGAAGCUUGGGAAUCUAGUGGCCCAAGUUGGCUCCUCACACAGUGGUUCACUACCCUCCACAAGUUGUUGCCCUGCUGACCCAUUGUUUCGAAGCCCAUGGCCUGAUAUCCUUGCUUCCCACAUGGACUGAAAUAAGGCUGCUCAAAGUGUGUGAAGCCAGGUCAGCUUCACACCAGAACUGCCUGCCUUUUAAAGCACUUGGCCUUGUUUGGAGGGAAGAAGGCCAGAGAUCAAACAACAGCAAUGGGAAGGCUUCACCCUGAUAAAGACACACCAGAUCCUGCCAAAUUCUCUUGUCUGGUCUAAUGGUACUGCCGAAGGGACCAGAUAUAUCCUGAGAGUCUUCCCAAAGUGCUACUGCAGUUUGAUGCCCCUACAACUUAAUUCCCACUAACUUUAUAGGAGCAGAGUUAAACUGCUCUUGGCCUCUGUGUUUUCAGACCCUAUAUCAUUAAGAGAUACAAGUUCAUUCAGAUAGAAAUCAAUGGGGCAUUGUACACAAAAUAGGUGAGAGCGUUUCUGUUAAUGUCCAAUUUACUUGGAGACUAAAAGUCUCAAUAAAACCUGAAUGUGCUGCUUUUUCAUUAUCUGAGGUCCAGGGGGGUAAAGUGACAUCAUCAGUGUCUCAUUUUCCUAUCUAUAAAUUGAUGAUAAUGACAUUUACCUCACAGUUUUGGAACCAAGCUCAAACACAGUCAUUUGUGUAAACCCACACAAAAUAACCAGGGCUUGGCAAAUAAUGAAUUGAAUCUGAGAAGCUUCAGUUGUAUCAUGCUGAAUCCUUUUCCUCUGUCCUUUCUGGCCUAGAGUUAUAAAAAGUAUCUGGCCCAUCGCUCAUCAAAGGCUAUUUUGCCAAAGAGAAAAUUCAGAUUUAUACAGCCAUUUUCCACAGCUCCCCCUCAGAAAGAAGAAAUUUUAGGAAUUCCCAUCCUGGCUCAGCAGAAACAAAUCCAACUAGUAUCCAUGAGGAUGAGGGUUUGAUUCCUGGCCUUGCACAGUGGGUUGAGGAUCUGGCAUUUCUGUGAGCUAUGGUGUAAGUCACAGAUGCAGCUCGGACCCCGAGUUGCUGUGGCUGUGGUGUAGGAGAGCAACUACAGCUCCAAUUCAACCCCUAGCCUGAAAAUUUCCAUAUACUGAAAGUGUAGCCCUAGAAAGCAAAAAAAAAAAAAAAAAAAAAAAGAUUUUAGAUUAAAAGCCACUGUUUACACAUUGAUCCCAAAGGACACUAUUUAUUUUAUUGCUUCUUUUGUUAAUAUAACUGAUGUAAAUUUCCUUGGGCCAUAUAGAAGGGACAAGAAAUGGACACUUCUAAUCAGGGCUGCCAGAAAUGCCUCAUAAAAUUAAAGGCUGGAGGCUCUUGGGGUCUGAACCAUGCUCAGCCUUGCUGAGUAUGGUGAUGUCCUAGAGAGAGCCAUGCUGUGGCACAGAAACAGUGUGGCCUGGCUUAUUGACAGUUUUGGGCUCUAGCCUUUAUAAUAUAAUUUGUUUCUUGUUUACUCUCUCUUCUAAUACAAAGCUUUUAUAAUGUCCAUUUCCAGGUCCUGGUGUGUGGCCCCUCUUUGAGAGUCACUGACUUGACUUCUUUCACCUUCACACAUUAAAAAAAAAAAAAAAAAAAAAAAACAGACCAAACAAUUAUUUCUAAAAAUGUACCUUAUAUGCGCAUGGAGGUACCAAGGAGAUGGAGUCUUGCCCUCAACUCUGGUCACAGCUCAAGGGAAGCUCUUUGAGAAAGUGAACACAAGACACAGAGUCUUUCCAAAAUGUCAGCAAAGACAGGAAAAAAUAGAUUAUGUCAGGCACACGAGCCAUCUGUCAUUAUGGCUUAGUCUCUGGG